ACUUUUUGUAUGUAGUGGCAGAGCACUCACCGCGCACCCAACAAUGCCAAUAUCUACUUCAUACGAAAGCAAUGGAAAACAGACGAAAGGGGUAGCAGCGCAAGCUCAACCUCCAACACACGGCAUUGCACAGUUUCGUUCCACUCCUCCACAGCGCAUGAGUCCACCAUCAGCAAUACCGCCAAUAAACCCUAAUCGAACUCCCUCCUCCAGACCCCCAUCCAAGGCAGCAUUAGCCUUCGCCCCCACGCCUUCGCUGCUCACCCUCUCUAUUUACAACCCCCGAACGCACCCUUCACUUGUUCUUCCAAUUGCACAAUGACGUUAGAGGACGAGGUGGCGCGCGGGGUUGGAGGGAUGGGGUUGACAGACGCGGGGGAGAGGGAGGGCGGGGGCGCUGCUCCCUCCGUUGCUGGAGACCGGGAGAUGGUGGCCAACUCCAAGUACAGCGGCCGCGUCUUCAUCAAAUCCAUUCUGGGUCGACCCGACGGUGGAGUUGGGCUCAUUGGGCAGAAGGUGACUGUGGGAGGAUGGGUCAAGACUGGCCGUGUCAUGGGCAAGACCGCGUCUGCCUUCUUGGAGGUGAACGAUGGAUCCUGGAUUGGCAACUUGCAGGUGUUGGUGGACGCGACUGUCGCCACGGAACGGCAGCUCACCCUCACCGGGACCAGCGUCUUGGUGCAAGGGAAGCUCGUGGAGCCUCCUGAAGACAAGAAGCAGAAGGUGGAGCUGCUCGUGGAGACCAUUCUGCAUGUUGGCACCGUGAACGCCGCCAAGUAUCCCAUCGCCAAGACCAAGCUGUCGCUGGAGUCGCUUCGCAGCCAAUUGCACCUCCGGGCUCGCACCAACACCAUUUCGGCUGUGGCGCGAAUCAGGCACGCUUUGGCUGUGGCGACGCACACGUUCUUCGACCGGAAUGGGUUCAUGUGGGUGCACACUCCCAUCAUCACGACCAGCGACUGCGAGGGCGCGGGCGAGAUGUUCCAAGUGACGACGCUGUUCAGCGAAACGGAAAGGAGAGAUCGCGAGUAUGCGGCGAACCCACCUCCGAGCCAGGCCGAGGUGGAGGCAGCCCAAGAUGUCGUGGCGGAGGCGGCUGAGGUGGUGAAGGAGCUGAAGGCGCAGAAGAAGAACAAGAAAGAGUUGGAGCCGUCGGUGCAGGCGCUGAUGAAGGCGAAGGAGCACGCCGCACAUUUGGAGGCACGGGCGAGCCUGAAACCCGGGAUGCCGAGGAAAGAAGGCGGGGAGGUGGAUUUCGGAGCGGAUUUUUUCGCACGACAAGCGUUUCUGACGGUGUCGGGGCAGCUGCAAGUGGAGACGUAUGCAUGUGCGCUGAGCAACGUGUACACGUUCGGGCCGACGUUCAGGGCGGAGAACUCACACACGACGAGGCACUUGGCGGAGUUCUGGAUGAUCGAGCCAGAGAUAGCGUUUGCGGACUUGCAGGACGACAUGAACUGUGCGGAGGAUUACGUGAGGUUCAUGUGCCAGUGGUUGCUGGACCACUGUCUGGAGGACAUGAAGUUUAUAUCGAGUAUGUAUGACAAGACGGCCGUGGAUCGUCUGAAGCUGGUGGCGUCGACGCCGUUCGUGCGCAUCACGUACACGGAAGCAAUCGAGAUACUAGAGAAGGUGACAGAGAAGAAGUUCGAGAACAAGGUGGAAUGGGGAAUCGACCUAGCAUCGGAACAUGAAAGGUAUUUGACAGAGGAGAUAUACAAGAAGCCAGUGAUUGUGUACAACUACCCGAAGGACAUAAAAGCGUUUUACAUGCGGCUGAACGACGACGAGAAGACGGUGGCCGCUAUGGACGUGCUGGUACCGAAGGUUGGAGAGCUGGUGGGUGGGAGUCAGAGGGAGGAGCGUCAGGACGUUCUUGAGAGGAGGUUGAAGGAGAUGAACUUGCCGAUGGAGCCGUAUGAGUGGUACAUAGAUUUGCGGCGACACGGAACAGUGAAGCACGCAGGGUUUGGGCUUGGAUUCGAGCGGAUGAUAUUGUUUGCGACGGGGUUGGAGAACAUCAGGGACGUGAUUCCGUUUCCGAGAUAUCCAGGCAAGGCGGAGCUUUGAGGUGAUGGGAAGGUGUUGACUCUUUGAUGGAGUGACUGGUGGUAGAAGCAUUUGUUUGUGGUCUUUCUAGGCUGGACCUGAUUUGUGGCCUUGUAGGGCUUAUCUGAAUCUGGUUCGCUUGUCAUUGCUUAUAUUCCUAUUGAAGGGGGUCUGUUCUUUGCUUGUGAUACAUUUUCACUCUUUAGAAAUGGUGGACUCACGCAUUGUAUGGCAGUUAUUGACCUGAAAUAUAUAUUGUGCCCGAAGUAGGUACAGAGGUGACCAUUGCCGGUGGUCAUUGUUAUGGAUGUA